GGCCAGUGUGCACAAACAAAUAUCGCAUCAUCCAUCCUUUGUCAACAUUCGUACGACCCACAGCCACCUCAGCGAUGGAGGCCCUCGCUCUUCUCAUGGCAGUCUUCGACAGGAACGAAGAAAUGAUGAAAGAGGAGCAAGCCGAACCCCCGACCUCGAGCACAACCUCUUUCUCCCUUCUCGACCUGCCCCCCGAAAUCUGGAGCAGAAUCUGCCACUACGCGAUCACCCCCGACAAACUCACCGUCUUCCCAACCCUCACCAACGACCCCGCAUACUGGAAAAAAUGCCUCGCCCAACCGAGCAUCACGCGCACCUGCCGCGCCAUCCGCGCAGAGUGUCUCGCGGCAUUCUACGGCGAUCUUGUCGUUCUGUAUCGCGCUGAGUGGCCCUCCUACUCUCUCCGACAAUGGCUUAAGGCGAUCGGCGGAAUGAACCGUGAGCAUGUCGCUAUCUACGACUUCGACUCGGUCUUGGACCGCACCGAGGGUGCGAAGUUCAGGUUUGUGCGGGGGAGUCAGUAUUGGGAGAGGUGUGUUGGGAUGGCGGAGGUGGACGAUUCUGAUGGAGAGGAUGGGAGUGAGCUGGAAAGCGAAGACGAAGAUGAUUUUUAAGGCAGCUCUGGGGAAGAGGAUGGUAAUGGAGACUGGGUGAGAGGCAUACGAAACAUAUGAGAGCGAGGAAUGAUCAAACAUCCCCUCAGAUCAGCCACAGACGGAGUCCUGGGUAGUCACGUGGCGGGCACGUGAAUGCGAAUGUGCCUGAUCUGGGUCGCGCCUUCCCUCCAUUACAGCAGAUUGCA